GGUGGUGCAAGGAAUUCUGGGAUGUCUGAAAGUGACAUGAGUGGAAGGACUCACAUCCCAUCUCUCUUUAAUGCCCUAUUAUCCCGAAAACUGGCCCUACAAGUCAGUUACUUGAAAAGUAAAGAAAAAGGAUAUGGGAAGCUAAGCAGUGAUGAAGACAUCGAAAUAAUUGUUGAUCAAAAUCAGGGGAAAAGCUCUAGGGCAGCCGAUAAGGCUGUUGCCAUGGUGAUGAAGGAGAUACCGAGGGAGGAGUCUGCUGAAGAAAAGCCCCUCCUUACUAUGACAUCACAGGUCUCUAGGACUGGUUCUUUAUCCACUGAACCAUCUAACUGCCCCUCAUCUGCUCGGCUGACCAAAGAACAUCGCUGGGGAAGUGCAUUACUCUCCAGAAACCACUCUUUGGAAGAGGAAUUCGAAAGGGCAAAAGCAGCAGUGGAGUCAGACACAGAGUUUUGGGAUAAGAUGCAAGCAGAAUGGGAAGAAAUGGCUCGAAGAAACUGGAUAUCUGAGAACCAAGAAGCCCAAAAUCAAGUGACAAUUUCAGCUAGUGAAAAGGGGUACUACUUUCACACAGAAAAUCCUUUCAAAGAUUGGCCUGGAGCUUUUGAAGAAGGAUUGAAAAGGCUGAAGGAAGGGGACUUGCCUGUUACUAUACUGUUCAUGGAAGCAGCAAUCCUCCAGGACCCUGGGGAUGCUGAGGCCUGGCAAUUUCUGGGUGUAACCCAGGCAGAGAAUGAGAAUGAACAAGCUGCCAUCGUCGCCCUCCAGAGGUGCUUAGAAUUACAGCCGAACAACCUCAAGGCUCUAAUGGCCUUGGCUGUGAGUUAUACCAAUACUGGCCAUCAACAAGAUGCUUGCAGCACUCUGAAGAAUUGGAUUAGGCAAAAUCCCAAAUAUAAAUAUUUAGUGAAGAACAAAAAGGCAUCUCCAGGCCCAACCCGGAGGAUGUCGAAGUCACCAGUCGACAGUUCGGUCCUGGAAGGAGUGAAAGAGCUGUAUCUGGAGGCUGCCCACCAGAAUGGAGAGAUGAUCGACCCUGACCUGCAGACAGGCCUUGGGGUGCUGUUCCACUUGAGUGGAGAAUUCAGUCGAGCAAUAGAUGCAUUUAAUGCUGCCUUAACAGUUCGGCCAGAGGACUAUUCAUUAUGGAACCGCCUUGGCGCCACAUUGGCCAAUGGAGACCGCAGUGAGGAAGCGGUUGAAGCCUAUACGCGAGCUCUGGAAAUCCAGCCUGGCUUCAUCAGGUCCAGGUACAACUUGGGAAUCAGCUGCAUCAACCUGGGAGCUUACAGGGAAGCCGUCAGCAAUUUCCUCACUGCCCUGAGUUUGCAAAGAAAGAGUAGGAACCAACAGCAAGUUCCCCAUCCAGCUAUUUCUGGCAACAUCUGGGCUGCCCUCAGGAUUGCCCUCUCCAUGAUGGACCAGCCAGAGCUAUUUCAGGCAGCUAACCUAGGGGACUUGGAUGUUCUUCUAAGAGCUUUUAACCUGGAUCCAUGA